UCGAGUCUCACUAACAAAAGCUGAGAAAAGAAGUUUCUUGUAAUACUAACCUCGUCUGUCCAAUAUCUCCAUCCAAUUUCAAAACCCUAACCCAGGUGUCGCCGCUCAGGCAGCCAUGAGGGCCCUUAUUUCUAGCGCCAAACGCCUCAUAUCUUCCACUACAAUGGCCUCCCUAUCUCCUUCCAUCCACCGGAACUACAGCCUAAUACCAAUGGUGAUCGAGCACUCCUCCCGCGGCGAGAGAGCUUAUGACAUAUUCUCUCGUCUCCUCAAGGAAAGGAUCGUCUGCAUAAAUGGAACCAUCGACGAUGAUACUGCCCACGUCGUCGUAGCCCAGCUACUCUUCCUUGAAUCCGAAAACCCCUCCAAACCCAUCAACAUGUACCUCAACUCUCCUGGCGGCCAUGUCACCGCAGGCCUUGCAAUUUAUGAUACGAUGCAGUACAUAAAGUCUCCGAUCAACACAAUCUGUUUGGGGCAAGCUGCAGCAUCCAUGGCUUCUCUCCUUUUAGCAGCGGGUGCCAAGGGCGAAAGGCGGUCCCUCCCCAAUGCCACCAUCAUGAUCCAUCAGCCUUCUGGCGGGUACAGCGGGCAGGCUAAAGAUCUGACCAUCCACACCAAGCAGAUCGUUCGUGUUUGGGAUGCAUUGAACGCCUUGUAUUCCAAACACACGGGGCAAUCGGUCGAUGUGAUACAGAAGAAUAUGGAUAGGGAUUGUUUUAUGACACCAGAAGAAGCUAAAGGGUUUGGAUUAAUUGAUGAAGUUAUUGAUCGAAUUUAG